CACCAGUUUGCGUGUGACAGUGACGGAACGAGGGAGUGCGUCCGAGCGCUCUCUGGUGUUGGAUUGUAAUCGUGUUCAGACUGUAAUGGAAUAAACGUGCCAAGAUGUCAGAUAGGUUUCAUAGGGCCGCACGUGAUGGCUACCUCGAAGUCCUCCGGGAAGCCACCAGGAGGGACUGCAACGCCCCCGACGAGGAUGGCCUCACGCCCACCCUCUGGGCGGCCUACGAGGGCAACCUGGACGCCCUGAGACAGCUGGUGGGCCGAGGCGGCGACCCUGACAAGUGCGACCACUACGGCAACACGGCCCUGCACUGCGCGGCGGCUCGAGGGCACAUGACCUGCGUCUCGUUCCUCGUCAACUUCGGCGUGAAUAUCUGGGCUCUGGACAACGAGUUCCACACGGCCAAAGAGCUCGCCGCCAUGAACAACAAGGACGAGAUCUUGCGUUACCUGGACACGGUCGCCGGGAAGCAGAAGCAGGCUGAUGCGAAGCAAGUGAAGAAGCUGCAGGACAAGGCUCAGAAGGACUCGGAGAAAAGACGGAAGGAGUUCCACAAGAUCCAGCAGAAGGCGGACAAGAAGAGGGAGGCCGAGAACGCGAGGCUGGAGAAGGAGAGGGAGAAGAUCGAGAAGCAUGAAGUCAAACCGCAAGGUCGCCGCAAGAGCAUCAUGAACACCCUGUCGCGCAGCUCCAUCGCCUUCAUGAACGGCCCCCGGAAAGAUUCCCGCCUCCUUUACGACAGCAACAGCCCCAAGUUCUCUGACCUCACCAACACCAACAACCAGAAGAAGAACCUCGGCGGUAUUCAGAAGAAAAUCAUUAAGAAGAAGGUGCAGGACGAGAACAAGAGUGAAUUUAAGGUCCGGGAGACGGAGGGCGACGGCAAGCGGUCGGUGCGCAGCCUGUCAGGGUUCCGCCGCGACUCCGAGAUCCUGUUCGUCCCCAACGGCAGCCUCAGCAGCGCCAACAGUGAGUCGCCUGGAUGCGGCAAGCGCGGCAAGAUCAGCGACGUGUUCGAGACGGAGGAAGAGCAGGAGGGCGGCCGGCUGCCCCGUGCCUCCAGCCAGCCGGACUUCUACGAGAUCUCGGAGCCCAGCAUGCAGCACCGCGGCUCCCUCUUCGCGCGCCCCGGCUUCGGCUCCGUCGCCUUCAGGAACUCCAUCACGGCCACCCUGAGCAGCCUGGCCACGAGCGGCAGCGGCAGCGACUCGGCGCGCGCGUCGUCGGCAGGGUCGCUGGCGCAGAGGGACGGCGCCGAGCCCUGGGAAGAGGAGGACCUGCCCUCGGACGACGAGAGUGAGGCGACGCCCGUGUACCUGUUCCUGGCCGCCGCCGGCCUCACCGACUUCAUCCCGACCUUCGCCAAGGAGCACAUCGACCUCGACGCCCUCAUGCUGCUCACCGAGGAGGACCUCAUUAGCAUGAAGCUCCCCAUCGGCCCGAGGAGGAAGCUCUUGAAAGCCAUAAAGGAAAGGAAUGAAGCCCUAGACGAUCCCGGGGAAGUGCAGGACAGUCAGCUCUGAAGACCGAGCGGGGCGUCUUGAUGAUCCUGCCCGGGGUGUACAGUGCUCUUCGGUCUUUAGCUUGAAAAAACAGAACGCAGUGAUGUUUAUCAUACAGACUAAACCUUGGGACCUUCAACAUCGAAUAACCAUUUAUUUCUCUUUUUUUUUUUUUUUUUUU